UGGAGCGAAGGUCCAUGGAAGAGGAACUAACCUGCAGCGUAUGCUCGGAGAUUUACUCUGCAGGGUCGAGGGAGCCAGUGGUCCUGCCUCUCUGCGGCCACACCUUCUGCAGGCAGUGUGUCCACGGUGUGACUGAGGCUAGAGAUGGGGUGUUACAAUGCCCCACCUGCAGGACGCCACACCCACAUACCCCUCUCCAUCACCUCCCCACCGUGUACGCUCUGCUUAACUUGUCCGAGACUUACAGGAGGUCUGAGCGUGGAGUAUGUAAUGAACAUGGCUCACCUCUGGAGUUCUGGUGUCGAGGGUGCCAGAAGUCUCUGUGUGGCCACUGUCUCCUCGACGCCCACUUACAGGAUGGCCACACGGUGGUGCUGGCCACAGUGUUCAUUGAGGAGCGCAAGAGAGACAUCCAAAGCCUGGGCACGCAGCUAGUCCAGGGGAUUCAGACCAGGACGGACAGUGUGAUCGGUGGCCUCGUCGAUUUAGUGAAGGAGAUCGCUCGGGGAACAGAAGUGAGCCGAGUUCUCAGCUCCUCAGCUCAGAUGGUGGAGAGGAUCUUGACGGAUACAGCUGGUCUCCACAGCAUCGAUUCAGUACUCGUGUCCUCCACUCUGAUGGAGAGUUUGCAAACGGAGGUGCAAAGAAUUUCAACAUCGCCAGCUCCUCUGGAGGAGACACCUGAAAAGGGAAACAGGAAGACGAGGUGCAUAUCCUGUUCUCUGUUAGAGACUUCACUGGAAAUGUCUCGCCAGGUUUCUGUCAGCGAGGCAGAGUGGCAAGAGACUUCCCUGGACGAGGCUGAGCAGACUCCACAUCCUGACGGUCAAAAGCAGAAUACCACUUGGCAAACUUCAGUGACUUCCAGCCAGGAGACUAACACAAGCCAGGAAAUCUUGGAAGGGGGAGGAGUCAGUCGUAGUAAUAGCACUUCGGAAGGUGAGGCGGUGGAGGGAUCAGAUGGGGCGGCUGUAGGCGUCCCGAAGACUCCCUGGCCACUUCGAUGUUGUGUGCUGAGUUCCGACAAUCGGACCGGGGAGUUGAGGACGGAGCAAGAUCGCCUCCACCUACACGCCUUGAAGGACAACUGUGCUACAACCCAUUUUGUGAUUCACAUGUCACUACUGGAGUCGCUAAUAAACGAGAAGCCAGAGGUGUUCCUGGACAUAGGAGUGGACGGCAAAAUCCUUGGACGAGUGUACAUCCUGCUUUAUGGCCACCUCCGUAGAGCACAGCACUUCCUGGCUCUGUGUCUUGGUACAUUUGGACCUUCUUAUAGGGACAGCAAGUUCCAUGGGGUGGUCAAGCCAGGAGCCCCUGGGGAAACUCUCGCAGGAGGCAAAUAUGUGACCCCUGAGGGUCUGAGCGUUCAGGGACUGAUGGAAGACUUAGAGUGGGGUGGUAAGUGCAUCAGAGAGAAGACAGUAGGGCUGGUUGUGGGCGCCAGCGGUGGUAAGCCAGAGCUGGAUGCGUUUUUCCACAUUUGCACCCGCGAGGACAGAGGAAAAAAGUUUGCGUGUGUCUUCGGUGAGGUGGUAAGAGGGAUUGAGGUGCUUCAUGAUGCUGUCAAACAUGUCCGUACCAGAGACGUUACUGUUGUUGAUGUCGGUGUUGUGAUCCCCAACUCACGUCGACACCUUAAUUACGAGUUAACUAGCUAUCAGCCAUAUAUGCUCUAAACUACAUGAGUGCCAAUUGUUUACAUGGUUGUGUCAGAAGCUAGAUACAGGUAUGGUAGAAUUAUAGACAGUGAAACCAUGGUAUGGGUGGGGUUAGAACCCAUGGCGAGUCGUAACACUCCAUACCGGUGGUAUGGAGUGUUACGACUGUGACCACAAAAUCAAUUCUACAGACAAUCUGUCGCCAGCGUGGCCGUGACGAACUAGAGUUAUGUACCCACUGAGCCAUAAAGACAGUGAAGUACAGGUACACCGUUUGUGGGUUCCUUCACUCUUUAGCCUUUAUAUUCACAACAGAACUGUCCUAAAGUAUAUAUCUCAAAGGUGGGAGCAGAUUACAACUGCGGAUUUCCAACUAUCAGCUUGAGAAAAAUAUAAAAAGAGUUUCAACUGAAUUGCAUUGACUUUAGACUGACUGAUGUAAACACAGUCGGACCGUCUAUCAUCAUUAGUCAACUAAUCUAAUGGUUAUAAUCAUAACCAUAAUUUUUAAAGGGAUGGACCGGUGAGCCAGUGGAAGGCCUCGGUUUAGAUGACUGAAAGCCCCAGCUUCGGGUCAUCAUAUGACUAAGUCCCACGUCUGGAAACACUUGUCUUGUUUCCUGACAAACUUUGCCCAACCUGACGUAUCAGUGUAUCAUGCGAGAAGUACCACUGACAGUCUCAGCUGAUCUACAACACCUCGGGGAGUUCAUACCAACAGUUGAUAUGGACAUAACUACAUUAUGUGUUGUAAUUCGAAUAAAAUUAUCGUGAAUUUAGAGACAAAUUACUUACAAAUGUUCGAGACAUGUUAAUAUAUUUUAUUCACGGCAGCAUAUUACCAACCAUGCUGGAAAAAUAACUGUGUCCAUUACCUGGAGUUUACCUGGAGAGAGUUUCGGGGGUCAACGCCCCCGCGGCCCGGUCUGUGACCAGGCCUCCUGCCAUUGUAAACAACUCAUAACUAUUUACAAUUGUUUAAGAUGAACAAUGCCUUACUAAAAUAUAACCAUAUAUAAAUAACUCAUUACGACUGUUACCAGGUCAUCAACUUGUAAAUAAUUACCAUUUUGACAACUUAAUAUCUGACACUGUAAUCUUUGUUACAGUCCACAGGAUGGGUAUGGGGUGAUUACCACCCACAGGAUGGGUAUGGGGUGAUUACCACCCACAGGAUGGGUAUGGGGUGAUUACCACCCACAGGAUGGGUAUGGGGUGAUUACCACCCACAGGAUGGGUAUGGGGUGAUUACCACCCACAGGAUGGGUAUGGGGUGAUUACCACCCACAGGAUGGGUAUGGGGUGAUUACCACCCACAGGAUGGGUAUGGGGUGAUUACCACCCACAGGAUGGGUAUGGGGUGAUUACCACCCACAGGAUGGGUAUGGGGUGAUUACCACCCACAGGAUGGGUAUGGGGUGAUUACCACCCACAGGAU